GGCCAGAACUAGGGAUGUUACGGAGACGUCAAGCCAGCCUACAGGGAUCCAGGACCCUGCGGGAGAGGCCGCUGCGAUCGCGCGGCUGGCUGCAGUUUCCAGGACCUCGGAGAGGGAAUAGCUUUCCGUUGAACGGUGCAAGGAGACACUGACCCCUGCCAUGGAACCAGUGACUCUUGGUGACCGUCACAGCUUGGUGACCAGGACUCUCCCACCAAACCGUGACUCAUGAAGGAUGAGACCAGGCCUGGUCCUGUGUCUCCCUAACCAGACUGUGACCUAUGAGGGCUGGGACCAGGCAUCGUUCCCGUGUGUCCCUCACCAGACUUUGACCCCUGAAGGUUUGUCUUUUCCUUUGUUCUCCGUGUUUAUCUGCACAUAGCCAUCGGCCCACGAAAACAUGACCACCGACGCUGGCCCCUUGCACCCAUACUGGCCUCGGCACCUAAGGCUGGACAGCUUUGUGCCUAAUGACCGCCCCACCUGGCAUAUCCUGGCUGGCCUCUUCUCUGUCUCUGGGGUCCUAGUUGUGACCACAUGGCUGUUGUCAGGUCGUGUUGCAAUCGUCCCACUGGGGACUUGGCGGCGACUGUCCCUGUGCUGGUUUGCAGUGUGUGGGUUCAUUCACCUGGUGAUUGAGGGCUGGUUCAGUCUCUACCACGACGACCUUCUUGGAGAUCAAGCCUUCUUAUCUCAACUCUGGAAAGAGUAUGCCAAGGGAGACAGUCGAUACAUCCUGGGUGACAACUUCACGGUCUGCAUGGAGACCAUCACGGCAUGCCUGUGGGGACCACUCAGCCUGUGGGUGGUUAUCGCCUUUCUCCGCCAGGAAUCCCUCCGCUUUGUCCUACAGCUCGUGGUUUCUGUGGGCCAGAUCUACGGAGAUGUGCUCUACUUCUUGACGGAGCACCGUGACGGGUUCCAGCAUGGGGAGCUGGGCCACCCUGUCUACUUCUGGUUUUACUUUGUCUUCAUGAACACCUUGUGGCUGGUGCUGCCUGGAAUCCUUGUGCUCGAUUCUGUGAAGCAGCUUGCUCAUGCCCAGAGCGUGCUGGACUCCAAGACCACAAAAGCCAAGAGCAAGCAGAACUAAUGAGCGGUGGACUGGGCUUGAACACUGGCUGAUGAGGAGCACUCUGCCUGCCAGAAGAGUCCAGUCCUGCUCCCACAGGUUGGAGGGACAAAGCUUAUUGAUAUGUCAAACUCAGGCUGAUGGGUGGCCACAUAAAGGGCCAGAGAUGGGGAAGAAAGGGGCUAUGUGGAGCUACUGCCAGGAACCAUUGGAACAAAAGUACAAGAGAAGCCAGGAGGUCUGUGAUGGUGGCAAUUUUUAAAAUGAGGAAAUAAAAGAUCUUGACUCUA